GACGAAAUUGUCCCUGCCAAUUCUCUUCUUUCCCCUGCUGCCAAAUGGGAGCAAAACGGAUCGUGACUCUUCCUCCCUGCGCUGCUCUUGUUGCGCUCGCCGCCCCCUCCGUCCGGCAUCUCCUGCUGCUGCCCCGCUCUGCUCCAGGCACACGGCCGUGCCCUUCGCCAGUUCCCCGAGGCCAGGCCUUUCCCUCCUGGGCGGCGGCCUGUCACGGCGGCGGCGCCCGCUCGUGGCAGGAGAUGGAGGAACCUCCUCUACGAUUCUUCAGGGACAUUUUCCCAGAGAACCACGCCGAUCUGUCAUGGGUUCCCGACCGGAUGGAUCCCAAUUCGUCCUACAGGCUUGCUAUUCGAGUAAGCGCUUAUGUCAAAUUAACUGAUGAUGAUGGUCGCCAAUAUUGCAAGUGCUACACCAACAAGAACUAUCACUUCUGUUUCUACACCAAGCCCUAUGACAAGAAGUAUGUCAAGAAGGUUGUUGCAGCAAACUCGAUCUACACCAACUAGAGCUAUCACUUCUAUGCAAACACCUAGCCCUAUGACAAGGAGCCGAAAAAAGGUUGCUGGAAUUUGAAGGCUCCAUAGAGCCUGUUGCAUAUAAAGCACUAUCUCCAGUUGAAAGAACAUCUAGGUCUGUUUAGCGGGUUUUGGUUGAUUAAUGAUAUACGCUUGUGGAACUAAUGCCAUUUGCAAGCAUGAUGAGCAGGAAUCACAGGUGAUAGAUGAACAAGUUGGUGAAGAUGUAUACCGAAAAGGAAAUGAAAGUUGCAAAGUGGAAAAUCAUGAGGACCAAAUUUGUUUAUAUUUUAAAAUUGAGUAUAGGAAUGCAGCACUAUCAAGAGAGAUAUGAAAUACAUUCGCUUUGCAUAGAAUAAGGUGCUCAAGAUGAUCUAACAAACAUACGAGAGACACCUUUGCACUUACACAACAUUUGGGAUAUACAUUUUGGAGUGUUGUGUUCUUACAGGAAUGUUUGGAAUUUCUAAAAAUUUCUUCGGAGUCUCUUGGCAUGGGCUUUCUGCGGAAUGUUCGGAGUCCAGAUAUAUGCGGAGUCUCCACAUAUCUCCGGAGUUAUUGUUCGAAGUCUCCGAAAAAUUCUUCGGAGUCUCUGGAACUUGAAUAGCCAAUGGCUAGUUUUGGGGGCUGGGGUAUAAAUACCCCCUCACCUCCUCCAUGUUAACUCUCUCGGUCUGUUUACCACCUGCCUCCAUUCUUGAGCAUUCAAGAACCUUCUUUGAUUCCUCCUUGACUUCCAAGUGAGAUUUGGUGAGAGGAUUGAAGGAAAAUUGAAGGGAGAGCAAGUGAGAGUGCUAAUGAGCUCUCUUGAGCA